GAUACAAGAAUAUUCUCAGAGCUCAAGUAAUUGAGCUCCUAGAGUCUAGUGGCAAGAAACCGGAUUUUGAUCAGUCUGAAGUAAUCCAGGUCCUGUUGUAGCUUACUGUAAGGGGCGAAUGAAAGCACUUUUGCUGUUGAUGCGGUUGUUUUGCGGUUGAUUUUUUUAAAGCAUCUCGUGAGACGAAAGUGAUACUUGGUUUUCUUCAUUUACUUCCUCUGUAAAUUCUUGUUUCCCCGGGUAUUUUCUGGAGCUUUUUGAGAAUAUCCUUCCUGGAGCCUUCAUUUGAGCUGAGGCAGAAAAGAAUGGGGGACAGGAGCGCACAGGACACCACAGAGAAUGGUCCACAUCUGGGAGACAAGGGUCCAGAUCCCACACUACAAAUUGAAAGCAGCGGUAUCCCAAACGGUGACAGCAGCUCUGCGGUAAACACGCGUCUGUACAAAAAGCGCUGGAUGAUUGUGUUCCUGUUCAGCUCAUACUCUCUGAGCAACGCUUACCAAUGGAUCCAAUACGGAAUAAUCAGCAACAUAAUUAUGAAGUUCUACAAUGUGGAUGGCUUCUCUGUAGACUGGCUGUCCAUGAUCUACAUGCUCACCUACAUACCUUUCAUAUUUCCAGCGACCUGGAUCCUGGAUAAGAAAGGGCUGCGGUUAACAGCACUGGCUGCAAACGCGCUCAACUGCGCAGGGACAUGGAUAAAGGUGGCCAGCGCCAGGUCUAACCUCUUCUGGGUGACCAUGGUCGGACAGUUUGCAAGUUCCCUUUCUCAGGUCUUCAUCCUCGGGAUGCCCUCCAGCCUUGCUUCCACCUGGUUCGGCGCAGAUGAGGUUUCCACCGCUUGCUCUAUUGGCGUUUUUGGCAAUCAGAUGGGUAUUGCCAUUGGGUUCCUGGUCCCACCAAUUCUUGUGCCUAAUGUGGAUGAUAUGGACGAGCUGGCAUAUCACAUCAAACUCAUGUUCUACAUCAGCGCAGGCGUGGCCACCCUCAUCUUCAUCCUCGUGAUUAUUGUGUUUAAGGAUAGACCGGAGAUCCCUCCAACCCAAUCCCAGGCUCAAGCCAGGAACACUCGCCCUGAUGAGUACUCCUACAUGGCCUCCAUCAUGAGGCUGCUGCAGAACAAGCCUUUCAUGCUCCUUGUGAUCAGCUAUGGGCUGAACGUUGGCUGCUUCUACGCCAUUUCCACACUGUUGAAUAGGAUGAUUAUCGAACACUAUCCGGGUGAAGAGGUAAAUGCUGGGAGAAUUGGGCUGACCAUUGUCAUUGCUGGCAUGGCGGGGUCCCUCAUAUGUGGUAUUUGGCUGGACAAAACCAAAACCUACAAGCAGACCACGCUGGUUGUAUAUAUCCUUUCUCUGGUUGGGAUGAUUGUAUAUGCCUUCACUCUCAGCCUGGGUCACCUGUGGGUGGUGUUUGUCACGGCUGGAAUUUUAGGCUUUUUCAUGACAGGGUAUCUGCCUCUGGGCUUUGAGUUUGCUGUGGAGCUCACCUUCCCAGAAUCAGAGGGAACCUCAUCUGGUCUGCUGAACUGUUCGGCUCAGAUCUUUGGGAUAAUUUUCACCAUUGGUCAAGGAAAGAUUAUUGAUAAAUGGGGAACCUUAGCUGGAAACAUCUUCCUGUGCAUCUUCCUGCUAAUAGGAACAGUAAUGACAGGACUAAUCAAAUCUGACCUACGACGGCAAAAGGCCAACCAGCAGUCUGAGGUGCAGACAGUGAGCCCUUCAGACUCCAUCUCAUCGGUGCAGGAUUAUGGGGCCACAGCGAGCAGCAGGCCCUGGCAAUGGCAGACAUGACAUAAACCCACAUCUUCACUAAAACCAAAACACACACCUGAAAAGAAAAUAACCUCUGACCAGGAAGAAGACAUCCCUUCACCUGAAAUUCUGAAGGACAGGACGCUAUAAGGAGGCCAGAUGUCUUCUAUGUAAACAACAAACACACAAACAAAAAAAAUCAGAUCAAACAAGAAAAACCUCCUGACACAUCUACACGCAUAAACAUGCACAAGUGACCACACAGUGAAGCUUCUGUGAGUAAUGAGAACACAGAGACUCAAUUACCGUACCGAUGAAAACCAACAGAUCUGCUGUACAGAAGCUGCAGAAAUUCACACUAGUAUCCAAAGUGCAACUAUUAAACGAACCUGCACAUGGAAAAAUGCUCUUUGAGACAUUCUGAGUAAAUACUCAUUUUAUCCAGUUAAGGCAUUUUCAGUGUCUUUUAAGUGCAAUGCAACUGCCAUUUUAUUGACUCCAACAUACUACAGAUUUUAGCUGAAUUCAAUGUAACUGAAUUGUUUCCUUGACUUUUACAACUCCCUCUUCUUAGUGUUGAUGUGUCCUAUGCAUUUAAUGAGCAACAUUUAAACUGUUUCUGAAUAUUGUACCACUAUUGUGUGUAACUGAAGUCUUUACAUUGCUGAAGGUGUUCAUUUGCGUGUUCUGAUUUUUAGAAUAUGCAUGCUUUAUGCAGACUAAGGACUGUGAUGUUUGUGAUUCCCUUUGUUGGCGAGUUAGGUCAUCGAUCACCUGUAUGCCAUCUGGGAUCACCUGGAAGUAUUACUUCUAAAUCCUGUUAAUUACACUUAUGAUUGAUGCUGUGCAUCUAAGUACACUUUGGAAGGUUCAGUUUUGUCCUCGUUUUACAUAAGUGACCUCUAUAAGAUGACAUCUAGUGUUAAGUACUUGGAAAUACUUCAAAAUGCAAGAACAUCUGGAACACAAAGAAUGUCAGCACAGCACAAAGCUUGUUGGGUGGAUGAGACAAAUCAAACCUUUUGUCAUUUUGCACACAAAAUGAUUUUUAUGUAUUAUCUUAGACUGCAAAUUUGUUACAGAGAAACAUUUCUCAAGGUAACUAGUUUUGUUAACAUCUUUUACCUCAUGUGUUAUUGUAAUUUUAAUAUUUCAGUUCAGUGAUUGUGAAAGGUGCAAGGUAAUUCUUUCAGUGGCAUCUUUACAUAUUGUACUGUAUUAAAAACUAUUU